UCGUGCUCUAAAUCUACAGAAUAUUUCUAAACAUAGCAGAAAGCUUGCGAAAAUAUCGUAAAGCAGAAGCCAUUUUCGCAUAAAUUCCAUUCUUUUUUCAUCUCUCAGAUCUACAAAUACUGUUCUGGCGGCGAAGAAACAGUGUAAAAAAAAUAAAAAAUAAAAAAUAAAAAAAAAAUCAGGCACAGAGAGAGAUGGGAGUGGUGAUUAUCGACGGGUCAACGGUGCGAAACUUCGUGAACGACGAAGAGGCCUUCAACAAGGCCGUAGACGAGAGGUUCUCGUCGCUGGAUCUCAACGACGACGGCGUCCUGUCGCGCUCGGAGCUGCGGAAUGCGUUCGAGUCGUUCCGUCUCAUCGAGACUCACUUCGGCGUCGACGCCGCCACUCCGCCGGAUGAGCUGCCCAAGCUCUACGACUCCAUAUUCGAGAAGUUCGAUUUAGAUCAGAGCGGCACCAUCGACCGUGACGAGUUCAAGAGCGAGAUGAAGAAGAUCAUGCUCGCCAUAGCCGAUGGAUUCGGAUCGUCGCCGAUCCAGAUGGUGCUUGACGAUAGCUUUGGCGAUAAUAACUUCCUCAAACAAGCCGCCGACCGGGAAGCCGCCCAGUUCUCCGCCUGAACAUGGAAUCGAAUCUGAAACGGUAAAAUAACUCCGAUCCGGCAGUUUAUUCGGCCAAUUUUCUUCUUGAAAUAUCGUGUUUAAUAAGUUUUGGUUAUCCAUUACUGUCACUAAGAAUUAUGGUGCAAGUUUGAUUACAGAAACUUGUCAUUCGUGGUAUGUUUUAGGAUCAAUAUUGUUGGAUCAAUAUUGUUGGUAUGAAAUUAUUUCAACCAAACAUUGUUCAAUGAAUGUCA